GGAGGAGGGGGUGGCUAGAGCGGCCAGGCGAUUUUUUACCCAACAGCCGAAUUCGAUGCCGAGGCAUGCGCCCUACAAAUUUCGAGAUUGAUGUAUCGCAGAGCGCAGAUCUGGCUUCGUUACUCGCUACCAUGGUUGGCUCUGCUGGCAAGUCUACCGCGGCCGUUGGACGCCGCCGUUGCCGCGUUGGGAAGUCCCAUCGCCACGGACGCCACAAAAGCUGCCUCCUCGACGCCGGACUGGUGCAUACAGAGGUGCAUGUGUCUCUCCAAGACGCAGAUCCUGUGCAACACAGGUGGCUUCACCGACAUCCCGAGUAAGCUGCCGCACAACGUCGAGGAGCUGACCCUGUCGAAGAACGACUUCCACGAGAUCCGCAAGAACAUGUUCGCCCACCUGCGCUCGUUGCACAAGCUCGAGCUCGACUACAACAACAUAAGCGCCAUCAAGCCCUUCGCCUUCAACGGCCUGAGCAAGCUCAAGGUCCUCUCGAUCCAGCACACGCCCCUCGCCCACAUUGGCGAGUUCUCGUUCGCCGCCCUCCAGAACGUCACGACCAUACUCCUCGCCCACAACAGGAUAGCCUACAUCGCCGGCAAGGCCUUCGCCGGCAGCUCCCAGAUCCAGUUUAUCAUGCUCACCCACAACCCCCUCGUCGUCAUACAGAGCAACGCCUUCUCGGGGCUGACGUACGUCGAGAACCUCGUCCUGCCCGGGGGCAUCGCCGACAUCGAGCCCGACGCCUUCAACGGCUUCGAGUACGUCGGGCUCCUCAAGAUGCCCUACAUGGACCUCAAGGACGGGCUCAAGGCCAACACCUUCCGCGGCCUCAAACACGUGCUCAAAAUAAUGAUCCAGACGAGCGAUCUGCGGAUCAUCCGCAAGGACUCGUUCGUGGGUCUCGACCAGGUUGGCUCCCUGAACAUAAUAAGCAGUAAAAUCGACGCAAUCGAGGAGUUCCACCUGAACGCCAACUACUCGGUAUCCAUCCUUCGCUUCCAAAAGAACCACGUUCUGCGCGCCCCGCGUCCCGAUGACGUGGCCUUCCACGUGUCGAACCUCUACGUCGAGGGCAAUCACUUUCCCUGCGACUGUCAGAUCCACCUGGUCCUCGACAGCGACUUUGUCAACGGGUCGGCCAACGAGUUCCGCCGCAGGAACUACUGCAUAUCGAACGCGCCCGAGUUCAACGGUAGGCCCAUGAGCAGCGUCGACCUCGACUCCAUAGCCAGCUGCCACGACAGGCUCACCAAGGACAACUACGGCUCCGGCGUCAGCGUUGGCUCCGGCGCGCUCAGCCUUCUCAGCCUCGGCUUUGUUUACGCCUCGAGGCUCCUGGUGCUGGCGUGAGGUGCUAUAGUUCUACUUCAUUU